UUCGACUUCUCCGAUAAUGAUGAUAGUUUGAGAGCGUUCCCGACACCGUAUCGGCCAACCAGGCCUCCACAAUCACAGCCAAACAAGAGCGGUAAUCAAGUGCCAGAGUUACUCGUGCCGUCCAUGGAGACGUCGACGCAGACGUUGAGGGGAAUGGCGAACAUCGCCGGAUGCCAGGCCGGAUGCGACGAACCGGAACCGGAUCCGGAAUCCGACGAAGGAGGAAUGGACAUCGUCACAAUGUCGAUCAUCAUCGCCGUGUCAGCACUAGUCUUCAUCAUCACCUGCCUGUCCCUUGCCUACGUCAUACACCGAUUGAAGAAGAAGGACGAGGGCAGCUACUCGCUGGGCGAGCCCAAGCGUUCGCCGCUCAUGAACCAGUAUUCCAAAACCCCUCCGAAGGAGUUCUUCGCAUGAUCGGCGGAGGAGGGGAGGAGAAAUCAAGCGUCUGCUCGCGCGGACGACCGAGGACCGACGGCGACACCUGGUGGCGUGCAGGGGCGGCGGCAGGGGGCGCCGCUGUUCGAGUCGAGUACGCGGAGGUACUUUUUACGAUGCUAUAGCCAGAACGCGUUCUCGGCGGGUUUUCUUUUUCUCUUGCUCGUGGGGUUUGAUAGCCACUACUGCUCAUCCGGUGGGUGACGAAACGGAGGCUUG